GAAAUUUUCUUCUUAAACAUGUUUUCUCCCAGCUGAAAAGGAUCUCUGUAGAAAAUCAUCUUUCCCUGUUUCACUUACUGUAUGAUGGUCUGCUGGUAGGACUCCCAACGCGCCAAUUCUCCCUACCCGCCUUCUCUCUCGAGUCGAACCAUCUCAAACGAUACUUCCCUACGCGACAUCUCCCCAUUCCCGUCCAUCCAUUAUGUCCUCGAAUUCUAGCUACCGGAAAGAUAGUCAAUGGGGUAGUAAUCCUGUCCCCGGCCCCGUGGGUGGCAGCACCGCCUUAGAAACUGGGGUUGGCGUCGAUAAACAGGGCGCAGACCACGAGCUGGAGACCCUGGGGUACGUCCCAGAGCUUUCGCGCAACCGUUCCACCUGGCAUGUCGUCUUUAUGUGUUUUAUCUUGUCCUCAGUCCCAUAUGGCCUGGCUACGACCUUAUUCUAUCCCCUCGCCGGUGGUGGCCCGACCAAUGUCAUUUGGGGCUGGGUUGGCGUCUCCCUGAUUAUCCUCUGUGUAGCCGCCUCUCUUGCGGAAAUCACGUCGGUGUUCCCCACGGCCGGUGGUGUCUAUUACCAGACCUUUGUCCUCUCUCCCAUAUGGUGCCGUCGUAUCUCCUCAUGGAUCUGCGGCUGGUCCUAUGUGGCCGGAAAUAUGAUGAUUACCCUGGCCGUCAAUUUCGGAACCACCCUAUUCCUCGUCGCCAGCCUCGACGUCUUUGAGGAUUCCACCGGCGCUGGAAUCACCGACAGCUGGGGUGCCUACCAAGUAUACCUAAUCUUCCUCGGAAUCACCCUACUCACCCACGCGAUCCCUGCCUUUGGGAAUAAAUAUCUUCCCUGGCUGGAGUCCUUUGCCAUUUUCUGGACCCUAGCUGGCCUGAUUGCCAUCACUGUCUGUAUUCUGGUCCUGGCCAAGGGAGGCAGACGUGAUGCCGCGUGGGUCUUUGGCCAUUUCGAGCCCCAAGCGGGUUGGCCGGCGGGAUGGUCGUUUUGCAUUGGUCUGAUCCAGGCCGCUUAUGCGACAUCUGCAACCGGCAUGAUUAUCUCAAUGUGUGAAGAAGUUCGUGAGCCCGCAAUCCAGGUCCCCAGGGCUAUGGUGGGAACCAUCGUCAUCAACCUGUUCGCGGGUUUGCUGACUUUGAUUCCGAUGUGCUUUGUUCUCCCGGAUGUGACCAUGCUGGUGAACCUCGCUUCUGGCCAGCCAGUGCCUGUGAUUUUCAAGACCGCGACCGGCAGCGCAGUGGGCGCAUUUUUGCUGCUCCUCCCGCUGCUGAUUCUUGGCAUUAUUUGUGGCGUGGGUUGUGUCACCGCGACGUCGCGAUGCACUUGGGCCUUUGCUCGCGAUGGUGCCAUCCCCGGCUCACAAUGGUGGAAGUUGGUCAACAAGAAACUCGACAUUCCCCUCAAUGCCAUGGCCCUAGGGAUGGUGGUUGAAGUGCUCUUUGGUUUAAUCUACUUUGGGUCCACGGCUGCCUUUAACGCCUUCUCCGGUGUUGGCGUCAUUCUUCUGACCUUGAGCUAUGGGUGUCCCGUGGCUGUCUCCUUGAUUUUGCGCCGUCGGGAAGAUAUCCAGCACGGAAGCUUUAACCUGGGUACGCUGGGUGUGUUCUGCAAUGUCGUGGCGCUUGCUUGGACACUGCUCGCCAUUCCUCUCUUCUGCAUGCCCUCCUUCAGCACCGUCACACUCGAAACCAUGAACUACGCUUCCGUCGUAUUCGUCGGGUUCGUCGCCAUCGCAGCUGCCUGGUACUGGAUCUGGGGCCACAAGAACUACGUUGGCCCGCCCACGGACGCUAUCGAUGUCGAGAUUGAUCAGGCCCUUGCGCAAAGCGUGGCCAAAACCGAUUAAACAUACCACCUUCUAUACACCCAGGCACUUUAUGUCUGUUAACGGUUAUAGAUUUGUAUGUGAUACGCCUAAUUUGAAUUAAAGAUCGUGGUUGGAUAUUAGCUGCUGCAUUCUUAUCGAUUCUGAAGAUCUAGCAUUUUUCCGCUACGGCGUUAUGGAUUGACUUUCCUUGUAUAUACUACGAAUAAGCAUAGAUAUCCCCGUACGAAAUUGAAAAUUUACACCAUG